AAACGUCAAAAACCGAAAAAUUAUUGUCAUCGCAUAGAAAUGGCGGCCGCAACAGUGCAACAACCGAACGUGACUGAUUAUCUGGCGAAAAAACAAAAGGAGAGCCCCAAAGAUUUGGCGGCGGAAUGGGCGGAACUCGAGGAGCUGCACAACAAAAGGUUGUGGCAUCAGUUGACGCUGAAACUGCUGGUUUUCAUCAAGAAACCUGAGUUCAAAAAGGGCGACAAUCUGUUGCAGUUGUACAACAAUUUCAUCCAGACCUUUGAAAACAAGAUCAACCCGCUGUCCCUGGUGGAAAUCGUGGCUAUCGUGACGGAACAAAUAAAACAGCCCAAAGAGGCCAUAGCCUUUUUGGAAAAGACUGAGCCCAAAGUGAAAAUCAACCCAGAUGCCCAAAACUUGUGUAAAGUGUUGGCCGGCCAAAUCCAUUUGGAAAAACUGAAUGAUUUGGAGGCGACGAAAAAGAUUAUUGAAGAAGUAGAAGCAACUUUAGACAACGCAGACGGUGUAACCGCAGUGCACGGCCGAUUUUACCUGCUAGCGUCUCAAUAUUACAGAAUACAAGGAGACCACGCACAAUACUACAGAACAGCACUGAGAUACUUAGGUUGCAUUGACUUAGACACCUUAACUGAUGAAGUGAAGGUGCAGCACGCCUUUUUCUUGGGACUGGCGGCGUUGCUUGGCGAAGGCGUGUACAAUUUGGGUGAACUGUUGGCUCAUCCUGUCUUGGACUCGCUGAAGUUGACUGAAAAUGCCUGGCUGGUUGAACUCUUGUUUGCUUUCAAUUCUGGCAACAUCAACAAGUUUGAACAGAUGAAACCACAGUGGUCAAGCAUUGCUGAUUUGGGGGCUCAAGAAUUGUUCCUGAGGCAAAAGAUAUCUCUACUUUGUCUCAUGGAGAUGACUUUCAAGCGUCCGUCACACAAUAGGCAGUUAACAUUUGCUGAAAUUGCACGAGAAACUAAACUUCCAAUAAACGAAAUCGAAUUGCUGGUCAUGAAAGCUUUGUCACAGGGUUUAGUUAAAGGAGCAAUUGAUCAGGUCGCAAACACCGUUAACAUGACUUGGGUUCAGCCCAGAGUAUUAGAUAGGUCUCAAAUUACAGUUAUGGUUGGUACCUUGAACGAAUGGUGCAAACAUGUCAACUCAAUGGAGAAACUGCUGGAGGAGAAAGCCAGUGAAAUACUUACACUUUAAGGAUUAACACGAUAAAUUCAUAUUAAUUUCUUUUUUUGUAAUUAUUUAAUAAUAAAUUUCAUUUAGGGAGA